GCCAUGUCGCGGCUGCUGCGGCCGGACUCGCGGCUCUUCGUUCGGCUCGGGCUUGGUCGGGCAUGGUGUGGCGAAUUCCAGAUCAGGCAGGCACCUCCACGCAAGCGUGGUCAGGAGCCUGAGCCACCGCUUCAGCCUCCCUCCGGGCCACUCAACGUUUGGGGCCCCGGUGAAGCCAGAGGUGUCAUGGUUGAAGCCUGAUUUGGAGGAAGCGCAGCGCCACAGCGGCCGUAUCGAUGAGAUCAACGACGAUCGUUCCGGGUGUGUCACUCUGGAGCAGCCGUAUCUCGACCAAGACAAGGCGUUCUUUGGCGCGGCGGACCUGCAGAUUCGCUCCUCGCCUCCCAUCGGCACGCGCGUCACCUUCACCUUGCUGAUUGAUCCGGAGGAUGACUGCCUUCGCUGUGGCACGCUCGGUGUGCCAGUGGCGAGGACGCGAAGCAGAAGCCGGAGCCGAGAGGACGGGCGAGCACCUCUGCGGCGGAAGCCGCAAACUGUCCCGCCGCGCGUGCUGAGCAGAACUGCGAACGGCCACACCAGGACCUCCGCCACGGGUACGCAUGAGCUUCCCGAGACUGCAAAGAUGCUUGCAGCGGAGCGCGCCUGCGUUGCGGAUGGGAGGGCUGAAGUAUUCCCUGCGGACGUCGAGUCGGACGAAGUCAAGGCGGACAUGGAGGAAGAUGCGAAGUCGGAUGCGCUUGACGCUGCCGGGGGAGCGGAUGAGGCCAAGGGGCCGGGCCUGGACGAAGAACUGCGGGACCACCUGAAACGGGAGCUGGGCAGGACAUCGAGCGGCCGAUUUCGCAAGCACUUGGUUGCCCCCCCCGCGUUGAAGAUGUGGACAGGGGUCAUCUUCAAGUGGUCGGUCGAGACUGAGGAAGGGUGGCUACUGCCGGAUGAUGACAUCAGACACGAUUGCUUGCCAACAUCGGGAAUGGUGUGGUUUUCGCACGAUCAUACCGAAGCCGACUUGCCUGACGAUCCAGAGGGACGACGAGUGCAGUUCCUUGUGUACGAACAGAACGGCAGCUUGGGUGCCAUAUUCGUCAAGCUUGUGGAUGCAGACCAGACGGACGGGCAGCGUCUUCGUUCGCCGGGCAGCCGCCCGCGCCUGGAAUGCAGGCCCCCCAGCAGCAGCUGGCAGCAUCCAAACCACAUCGAUGAGGCCGAGGACGGUGAGGAGGAGGACGAGGAAGACGACCAGGAGGUGAGCGGCUUUGGACCCUCCUGGUUCCGCAUGGCAGAGGAGCCGGAGCAAAGGCGCUUGGGUGAAGACGAGGAAGACCCGGGGUGGGACCGGCACCGCUUCGAGGAGGAUAACGAGGACAUGGAUCUCGAUGACGAACCUCCAGAGGCACUGGCAGCCUCGGUGUCCGCGCCGAAGUCAUCGGCAGCCUCGAAAUCACCAGCAAAUUCCGCUCCGUCCGCUCCGCGGCUGCCCUUGGCUCUGUCUUCGGCACGGCAGGCUUUGCAGGAUGAGGCGUGUGAGUCCUGCAGCGGAGGUCCUACGAUCCGCCGGGUUUGGAAUUGUGCUGAGAGCAGUUCUUAG